AUGGAUCACCUCAACUCCACCCUCCCAGCCACCAACCGAUCGGACUUCGGCAGCCUCUUCACCCACCAGGUCCUCCCGUCGCUCUACUUUGUGAUCUGCAUCGUAGGCCUGUCCCUUAACGGUGUGGCUGCAUGGAUCUUCUUCAGAGUGCCCAGCGACUCGGGGCUGGUGGUCUACCUGAAGAACAUGGUGGUGGCUGACCUCCUCAUGCUGACCUCCUUCCCCUUCAGGGUGGCGGCCGAGCUAAAUUUGGGCGGCUGGUUCAUGCAUGUGAUCAUCUGUCGCUACACCGCCGUGCUCUUCUACUCCUCCAUGUACGUUGGAAUCCUCUUCAUGGGGCUCAUCAGCCUGGAGCGCUACGUGAAGAUCGUCCGGCACACGUCACCGUCCCGCCCAUGCACGACCAGGCUGGGCGCGUCCUCACUGCACGUCCUGCAGAGCGUCGGCUUUGCCCGGGGGCUGGCGCUCUUCAACUGGAGCCUCCUCCUCCUCUGCGUCCUGCCCAACGCCGUGUUGACCAGCCAACCAGCCACUGAGUCCAACUCUCGUCAUUGCAUGCAGCUGAAGACUCCGCUGGGCAUGCAGUGGCACCGGGUGUCCACCUUCUUCAGCGUGGGCCUGUUCUGGCUGACGCUGCUGGUUCUUAUCUUCUGCUACGCCUCCAUCGCCAACCAGAUCUACCGGUCAUACCGCCGCGUGCGCCAAGACAGCAGCGAAAUCUGCCGCAAGUCCAACCGCAGCAUCUUCAGCAUCCUGGCGGUGUUCUUCGUCUGCUUUGUGCCGUACCACGUCUGCCGCAUGCCGUACACUCUCAGCCAGAUGCCGGCGUCGGGUUUCAGCCCAGCCAGUCGCUUCCUGCUGUUCCAAGUGAAGGAGGGGACGCUCUUCCUGUCAGCGCUCAAUGUCUGCCUCGACCCCAUCAUCUACUUCCUGAUGUGCCAAACGUUCAGAGAGUCACUGCUGAGGAAACUGUCUGGAAGAGGGAGGAGGAGGAGGAGGAGAUCCCUGACCACCGCUCAGAGUGCCAGCACCAUUUAA